AUGAGGCGUCGUCUUUGCGAGCUGUCCGCUCCUCUGGAGCAGCACAUGCUUGACAAGCACGGAUCGUGGAGGUUCGACUCCUCCCUGGGUCGUUGUACGGGCCUACGUGCUAGGGAUCCUGACCGGCGUCGUCCUCCUCAUUUGGCUCCUCAGCGAAGCCUAAUGGACAUCAACGUGGAGCAUCUUGCACAAGCGGAAGAUCGCAUCCACCCGCCGGGACAUCUUCAAUUCACGAUCGCCUUCUCUUUGGACCAGUCCAUUGACGACAGAGAGGCCCGCAUCGAAGAUGCUUUCGAGCACUUGGGCCUUCGCAGGCGCAACUUGGUGGACGUCCUGUAUGUCAUCAAGGUCCCACCAGCGAUGUUGCUCUGCCCACCCAUUGCCCACCUUCACCGGUACCUCGCCGACUUUUCUGAUGAGAUCGAGCCCGAGAGCCGCUACUUCUUCAUCAUCUUCUCCCGCCGUGUCUUCGCCCUGAUCCAGCACUGCACGGCCGGGAGCGAUAUGUUGAUCGACUUGGUGCAAGACGGCUCUAACCCCGAGCUUACUCGCUCGGUCCAGCUGAUCGUCGAAAUGUACCCAGCCACUGAUCUCGUGGACAUCUUCGGCAGAGUCUUUGACCAGGUCCAAAGGCAGGAGGAGCGCCUUCAACGCCUCCACACCGAGAAUGCGCGAUUGCGCAACCAACUCGGCACUGUCAUGGAGUACCUCGCAGCUCGCGAUCCUCAUGCAGCACGCACCUUCGGGCUCUUGCUGCGAGACAACGAAGAUUGA